AGAGAGGGGAGCAUGCCCUUUAAAGUUGGAGCUCGGUCAAAAAUUGAUGGGCGUCAAAAACGUCAACGUGUCAAAAUCUUAGUGGCCAUCGUUUUAAGUAAUGACUCGGAUGAAUGCACCAGGUCCAGGAAAAUGGGCCGGCGGGAUUGAAUUUCCCUAGGGCCUUGCCGGAAAAAAAGCCAUUCACGUCCCAACCCGAAUUCUCACUUUCCGACCAAAUUCCGGCCAAAUUUGGGCUGCAAUUUUGAUUCAAUCUGUAGUUCCCGUCGAUUUUUUUCCUUUGGAAUUGCUAAGGGUUCUCCUAAAACGUCAAUUCCCGAUAUCAGUGAGUUUUUCAGGUGGGAUUUAGACCGGUUUUGACCCAAUUAUGUGAUCAUCCGCAACUCUCUACUGAUUUUUUUGGCCCUCUAUCUGAGCUUCGGCGAUUAUUCUGCGGUUUCUGGAUACUAUCGCUGUAUUAACUCUUAAAGGAGAUUUUCUGGCGAGUUUUCAUUGAAUGCUGAGCUAAUAUGCCAUUUUUAGGGCUUUUUUUUGUUGAAAUUUGAUUGAUUUUGGGAAACAAGCAUAUUUGGCCAUCUAAACCUAGAACUUUUUUGAAGAAGAUAUUUUAUUGAAGUUUCUGAGAUAAGCUGCGAAUUUGGUAGAAUUGCUGAAGUUAUCUGGAACUUUUGGUGGGUUCUUCUAAUGAUAGUUUAGAGUUGCUUUUUUCUUUGAGGAUUUGAAAAUGGAAGAAACAGGUGGUUCGGGUCGGAAAAACAUUACGUUGAACCAGAAGCCUGUCUACAGUUUAUCAAAGAAGAAAUCACCAGAUGAUGGUCGAUUAUCUGGUUCAUUUCGUUCUCCAAUGUCAGGGGAAAGAACCGUAGAGCGCUUGAAAUUGUCGAAGGCUUUGACAAUUCCUGACAGUACAACUGUUUAUGAAGCCUGCCGUCGAAUGGCUUCUCGUAGAGUUGAUGCUGCACUGUUAACCGACUCAAAUGCUUUACUCUGUGGUAUCAUAACUGAUAAGGAUAUAGCAACAAGGGUCAUUGCUCAGGAAUUGAAGCUUGAGGAUACACCUGUCUCUAAAGUUAUGACAAGGAACCCGGUCUUUGUUUUAUCAGAUACUCUUGCAGUUGAAGCAUUGCAAAAGAUGGUUCAUGGAAGGUUCAGACAUUUGCCUGUUGUGGAGAAAGGUGAAGUGAUUGCUUUACUUGACAUUACAAAAUGUCUCUACGAUGCUAUUGCUCGAAUGGAGAGGGCUGCAGAGAAGGGUAAAGCCAUUGCAAAAGCAGUUGAAGGAGUGGAAAGACAAUGGGGUACUAAUGUGUCUGGUUCUAAUACCUUUAUUGAUACUCUUCGGGAGAGAAUGUUUAGGCCCAAUGUGGCUACAAUCAUUAGUGACAAUACAAAAGUAGCCAUAGUCUCACCAACAGAUUCGGUGUUAACAACCACAAAGAAGAUGCUUGAACUUCGAGUAAAUUCGGCAAUAAUAACAGAUGGGAAUAAGCCACUGGGAAUCCUUACUUCAAAAGAUAUUUUGAUGCGUGUCAUUGCACAAGACCUCUCGUCAGAGUCAACUUCUGUGGACAAGGUCAUGACCCCAAAUCCUGAAUGUGCAACAGUUGAUACACCAAUUGUUGAUGCUCUGCACAUCAUGCAUGAUGGGAAAUUCUUACACCUUCCAGUUGUAGACAAAGGGGGCUUCAUUGUUGCUGUUAUUGAUGUAAUACAAGUUACACACGCAGCUGUAGCCACGGUGGGAAGUGUUGGGGCUGUUGGCAAUGAAACGACUAGUACAAUGAUGCAAAAGUUUUGGGAUACAGCAAUGUCCUUGGGACCACCAGAAGAUGAUGACGAUACACAAAGUGAAGGAUCUGCAACAAGAGUGGCAUCAGAUGGAACUGAAACAGGGAGAUCUCUAUAUCCAUCUACAGGGCUGGCAAGUGCCUUCACUUUUAAGCUGGAGGACAAAAAGGGCCGUAUGCAUAGGUUUAACUGUGGUACAGGUAGUUUAUCAGAGCUUCUAACAUCCAUUGUUCAGAGGAUGGGGGAUGACAUUGAUAGGAACCAUCUGCCACAAAUAUUGUAUGAAGAUGAAGAGCGCGACAAAGUAUUACUUGCAACAGACAGCGACCUUACAGCUGCUGUGGAUCAUGCUCGACAAGCUGGUUGGAAGGGUUUGAAGCUAUAUUUGGAUUAUUCAGAUUCGGGUUCUUAUCAGAGUAUUGGGCCCGGAAGCAUGGAUUUUGCACACAAAGAUGCAUGGGCUGCUGCUUAUAGUGCAGUGGCUGCGGGAGCUGCCCUUGUGGCUGGGCUUGGGGUAAUGGCAUACUUAAAAAGAGCUGGCUCGUAGCAGGGAUAAAUGGGGAAAUUCUUUUUUUUGAUAGCUACUGUUUGGGCAAUUGAUGAUUAUGUGAAAAAUCUUAUAUUCUAUGAAAAACGAUAACCUAACUGUAUUGAGAGCUGUAAUUUAUUCAGGGAGCUGAUCUGAGCCCUUUGCUGGCCCCUUCUGUAACUUAUUAAAUUAUGCUGUGCUCAAGUUCUGCGAUACUGUAAAAUUACUGAGUGAAUAAUUGUUGCUUGAUAAUUUCUCAAAAAAAUAAUAAUAAUAACUGUUGCUUGA